AUGUCACAUUUUAUAGUAGCUUCACGACGAAUCUUCACCAAAAUUAAUCGAAAGUUUUCACAUCAAAAUGCACGAAGCAAACCCAGUAAAAGCAACAGCAAUGAAAAGAUACCAUCCACCCAAUAUGCUACUAGAGCUUCUUUGUCUUCCUCCUCCUCCUCCUCUUCUAGCAGUUCUUCAACAUUCCCUCCCGAUGAUAGUAGUCAACAGCCGUCGCAAUAUUGCACAGUCACCUUACCCCUACCCACUUCUACAAUAACGAAUCAUGACAAUAAACACAACAGUAACGGUAGUAAUCCAUUAUUCUCGCUCAAGCUCCAUAAGUGUCGGCACAGUAGUCAUCAACAAAGCUGUUCUUAUUCGCAACUUGGAAAGCAACGAGGUCGUCGGCACCCAACGGGCCAUGAGCUUUACACGACAGCCUUGAACUAUUUGUAUGGAAGAAGCAAUUAUGCCAAAGAUGAGCCAUUUGCUGUAUUAUGCCUUCAAGAAGCCGCUGAUAAACGUCAUCAUUCGCCUUCUCAGGCAGUGCUUGGCUUUUGUUACGAGUUUGGGUUAGGAGUCGAAAUUGAUUUUCCAGCUGCCGAAAAAUAUUAUACAUUAUCCAUUCGCACGGCCUUAAAAGAGAGUCCAGACCUUUUUAAACACUACGACAGCGAUCUCGAUGAAGACGAUAACGACAAAGAAAUGGAAGGGAUUGAGUUUCAUGAGGCCACUUUAAUGGCUAUGGCACGACUUGGCUUUUUACGCAAAUACGGUCGACCUGGUGUGCAAAUCGACCGUGUGGAAGCUGAUUACUGGGAAUCUAAAUUACGUCGCAUUGGUCCUACCGCUGCGCUGUGCUGGAUGCGUCGGGCUGCCGAAGUGGAUCAUUGUUCUUCUAGUCAGUAUUGCCUUGGUGUCUGUUACCACGAUGGCAUUGCUGUGGAGAAAGACGAACAUCAAGCUUUCCAUUGGUACAAGCUCAGUGCUGAACAAGGAAAUGCUCGCGGACAAGGUAUACUCGGUUAUUGCUACGGUGAAGGCUUCGGAGUGGACAAAAAGUGUGAAAAGACGGCCAUGGCCUGGUACAGAUUGGCAGCUGCGCAAGGUGAGACGGUGGCUAUUUAUAACAUAGGCUAUUGCUACGAAGAUGGCAUCGGAUGUCCCAAAGACCCUGUCGAAGCGGUGAGAUGGUAUCGACUGGCAGCUGAAAAGGGAAAUGCAUUUGCUCAGAAUUCGUUAGGUUACUGUUACGAAGAUGGGAUUGGUGUACCUCAAGACAAACAGAUGGCCGUACUGUGGUAUAGACGAUCAGCCGAGCAAGGCUAUCCGUGGGCUCAGUGCAAUCUGGGCUACUGCUACCAGAAUGGCAUUGGCACUGAAAAGGAUGCGAUGGAGGGUGCUUACUGGUAUGGUCAAGCGGCUCGUCAAGGACAUGCUCGUGCGCAACAUAACCUCGGUUUUUGCUAUCAGAACGGAAUCGGAGUCAGUAAGAAUUUAGAAAUGGCGGUUGCAUGGUAUAAGAAAUCCGCACAGCAAGGAAACAUCUUUGCCUAUCACUCCCUAGGUUACUGCUAUCAGAACGGUUUAGGUGUCGAAGUCGAUCUUUGUGAAUCAGUGUACUGGUACUUCCGUAGUGCUGAAUAUAACCAUGCACCAGCUCAACUCUCGCUGGGAUUCUGUUUCCGCAACGGUUUAGGUGUACAGAAGAACGAAGCCGAGGCUGUGAAAUGGUUCCGUUUAGCAGCUCUUCAAGGCAAUCCUUUGGCGCAAAAUUCUCUUGGCUUCUGCUAUGAAGAGGGCCUUGGAAUUAAGAAAGACCCUAAUUUUGCAGUCUAUUGGUAUUUGAAAGCAGCAAAACAAGGGAAUCCAUGGGCACAAUGUAACCUUGGUUUCUGCUAUGCAAACGGUAUUGGCAUCGCUAAAAACCCUGCCAAAGCGAUUUAUUGGUAUCGUAAGGCAGCACAGCAAAAUCAUGCUCGUGCUCAAGAUAAACUAGGCGUUCAUCUUCAGGCUGGUCUUGGAUGUCGACAAAAUCUCGAAAUGGCUUUCCAGUUAUUCAUUCGUGCUGCCAAUCAAGGACAGGUAUCUGCUCAAUAUCAUUUGGGCUUAUGUUUUGAAAGAGGCUUGGGCACAGAUAUAGAUUUACAGGAAGCUAUUCAUUGGUAUGAGCGGGCGGCAUCUGCUGGCUGUAGUAACUCUUACCAACGUCUUCGCCAACUUCUAUUACGUUACUGCCUCGAAAAUGCUUCUGCUUCUGAUAUAGUCCAACGUGUGGGUAAUGAAGAUAGUUGCUGGUCAAACACAACUUCAAUGAACUGGGUUAGCGGUUUUGCUGCACCCGCAGCUUAA